GCACCUGCAAUUCCCCACCUUCCAGCGAAACCCGCACCUCACCGCACCUCUCACCGGCGGCAGCAGCAGCAGCAGCGUCCAUGGCGCCCAAGGCGGAGAAGAAGCCGUCGGCGAAGAGGCCCGCGGAGGAGGAGCCGGCGGCCGAGAAGGCAGAGAAGUCCCCGGCCGGGAAGAAGCCCAAGGCGGAGAAGCGGCUGCCGGCGGGCAAGAAGACCGCCUCCGGCAAGGAGGGCGGCGAGAAGAAGCAGGGCAAGAAGAAGUCCAAGAAGAGCGUGGAGACGUACAAGAUCUACAUCUUCAAGGUGCUGAAGCAGGUGCACCCCGACAUCGGCAUCUCCUCCAAGGCCAUGUCCAUCAUGAACUCCUUCAUCAACGACAUCUUCGAGAAGCUCGCCGGCGAGGCCGCCAAGCUCGCCCGCUACAACAAGAAGCCCACCAUCACCUCCCGGGAGAUCCAGACCUCCGUCCGCCUCGUCCUCCCCGGCGAGCUCGCCAAGCACGCCGUCUCCGAGGGCACCAAGGCCGUCACCAAAUUCACCUCCUCCUAGGCUCUCUCCCCUUCUUCUGUGAUGUGACGAGCCCCCCUCUUCUAUGCCUCCCGGUGGUGUGUGAUGAAUCGGCUGUAGUUAGAUUAUUAUGUUCCGACUGUCGUCUUGGAAGAAAUUUGUGCUCUGGGCAGUGUUUUUAGAUCUGAAGUAACCGUGUUCAAAACCCGAAAUUUCUGAAGAAAUGCUAAAUGUCGAUGCUUCAGUCUGA